UCCCUAUUCAUCAUUAUCAAUGAGAGUGUUGGCCUCUAGAACCUUCUUUCACAUAGCCAAACCUAUGUUGACUCCAAUGGAGUACAUUUACAGUGGGUAGAGAGAAUAUAGAGACUCUGGGCUUAGGAAAGGACCUAAAUACAUCCUCAUUGCUGCUUUAUGAUCCAUCUACCUAUGUUAUCACAAAGUUUAUAUAAAAUUACUAAAAUAUGCAAGUUUUGAAUAAUCUUCAACAGUUACCUGUCUAGGAAAAUCUUCCCAAACUGCAUGCAGUAUCUCUCAUCUAGGAUAUUUAGCUCUUCUUCACAACCUCUCAGCCCAAUAGUCAUGGGAAGGUGGUUUACCUAUACUCAUUUCACUAUCUUGGGGUGUGAAAAUGUACAAAACUAGAUAGUUAUAUCUGUGUUGAUGUAAGUCUAGGUGUGUAACUGUGAAUGAAUACUAGACAUCAUUUGGUCGGAAUACAGAGGAAAAAAUUGAGAUGUGGAGAAAUCAAGCAAUUUUCUCAAGAGGACGUAGUUAAUAAUAGCCUGUAUUAGAACCCAGUUCUCUUAAUUCCUAGUGCAGUGCUUUCUCCAGUGUAACUCACCAACUUAUUCAGUCCCAGUUCCCUGCUCUACUCUAUAAAUCAAUUUCCUUAAUUGAAAUCUCUUUAUCUCUGUAUGCUGGUGUGUAAAUAUAUAUGCCUGUCUAAGUGAGCAUGCUUGUGAAUGUCUACGUGUCUACCUGCAAGUAUUUAUAAAGAUAUCACUGGGCGUUUAUGCCCUUUCUCCUAAGGAAACUUCUGGGUAAUUACCAUUUCUAAUGUUGGCAGUAGUGAUCAGAGAAGACCUUCUGAGUCAAUCAUUAAGCAGAUUUGGUCCUCUCUCCAAUCAGCUCUAUUCCUGGAUCUUCGGGAAAUGGAGCAAGAUAAUUAGGGUGGAACCAGACUCUCCCUGGGUCAAACUUGGUUCCAGGGCAGUGAAAAUGCCUAGAAAGCUAUAAGAGACAGUGACAGAUUAGCAGCAUACUGUCUCUGCAAGGAGCAUGUGCUUAAGCUGACAUGGAUACCAUCUUGGUCUUCAGCCUAAUCAUUACAUCCUAUGAUGCCAACAAGAAAGAACUCAGAGACAGCCAUUGUCAAGUGGAACAGCUCCCUGGGCUCUUCACAAUGGGUAUGAGAAGCACCAGGGAUGUGUUAAUGCCAGAAGCUCAAGCUAAAGACAACAGGUCCACCUUCGACCAAAUUCUGACUGUGGCUACCCUGCAGUGCCUUGCCUCUGGGAGCAAAGUAAAAGUCAGCCUUGCAUAUUCAGAGAAAAGGCCAAAGGUCAAGUAUACUCUCAAGAAUCUGAGAGUCAUUGCUGCUCCCCACAGAAACAGCACUGCUUUCCCAAGCUGUCACCUAACCCCUACAUCCAACUUUCAGAAUGGAUCUCUUCUAACAGGCAAAGCUUUUUUACCAGGGGUCUUCCAAUGUAAGGUCUAUCCAGCAACGAGGACUUCAUUAGAGGCUUUUCCCACCACUACCACCUCCAUAACUCCAGGGAAUAAAGGAGGAGAGAAAACUACAAGUAUUGAUGAUUUUUCUACCCCUUUGAAACAAGAAGACACGGAUGAAGAUCUAGAGAAGAGGCAGAAAUGGAGCAGUGUGGUCAAAUUUCUGAUUGCUGUCACUCUGUUGUUAAGUGGAAUCGCUAUUACAGUGUUUGUCAUUUUUGAAGUUCCAUGUCCUUGUAAACACCCAAGAACCAGAGAACUAUGCCAAUGCCGGCGAUUGUGGAGAAGGCUAAGGAAGGAAGGCCAGCAACCUGAGGCAGCUGAAUCCCAGCCUCACUCUCAGCCAGAGAAGGUUGGAGAAAAUGCUCCCAACUCAAACUCAAAGAAAGCUGCCGAAAUCAUUGUUAUCCACCAGACAUACUUCUGAGAAGUUCUAUUCUGACUCUCAUGGAUACUAUACUGUCUUCUCCCUAUUAUUAAUUAAGACUAGAGGCCCAAUGCACAAAGAUUCAUGCAGAAUAGGCCUGCCUUCCCCUGGCUGCAGGCACCACCCUCGCUCCAGAUGGAGUGGCCUUCUGCCUCUCACCUUGUUGCGUCAAUUUGUAUAUUCCCUCCUUAUUGGCUGUGGGCAC